AUGUUGAAUGAGGACGCUGAUUAUGACAGGUCAACCCACGAAAUUGACAACCCAGAGACACCGAAGUCGUAUUCACACGGACUUGAAAGUCGCGAGGCUACGGCCGAGUCCAGCGACAUGCGCGAUCCAUCCACGAAGCAAGAUGGGUCCAGUGACAGUAUAAGUCUUCAACUUCCAGAAGUGAUGCCAUUUACUUUACCAUCGAAGGAAAUCGUGUCAGAAUCAAUAGGUCUCUAUUUCAGAUACUGCCACAAGCAACCUCUCUGGCUCUUCGAUCCUGAGGACCUAGCUUCUCCAGAGAACUGUCGCAAUGAGGUUAUCUUUGGAGUCCUGACACUUGCUUUGCGCUAUUCUGAUAAUCCACUCUUGGAGGGAAGAAAGGAUCAGAUGUGUCGGCAGUAUGCGGAGUCAGCUCGUGGUCUUGUUAUGUUUCGCAUUGCUCAAGGAAGCGUGGAUCUGUCUACAAUGCAGAGUCUUUGCCUAAUCGCACUCGCAGAGUAUACCUGUAUGUCUGACUAUCCAUGGUUGAAGAAAAGUUUUAUUGACGAGUGA